GUUUCGGCACUUCUCGGGUGUUUGCGUCACCGACUCGGGCCACAGCGCCUCCAUUUUGAUUUCACUUGCAUGGUAGCUUGUGUGCAGUGUCGGAAUAAACGGGAGAAAAACAGGAGCAAACACGGAGGCGCCAAGAUUAUUACAGAAAUGGACGGCAUCAGUGAUGUUGCAGUUGGUGUGAAGAGAGGAUCGGAUGAGCUGAGUAUGUACAACAAUUCCAACUCUGGCAUGAGCAGUAACAGUGAUGGGGCUCCCAAUGGCAGUGAUAGUAAGAAGCUAAGGGUGGAGGAGGCCCUGCCGUCUCGUGUGAUCCACAUUAGGAAGCUGCCAAACGAGGCCUCAGAGACUGAGGUCAUUGCCCUCGGCCUCCCCUUUGGCAAAGUAACCAAUAUUCUCACACUGAAGGGAAAGAAUCAGGCGUUCUUGGAGAUGGGGACAGAGGAGGCAGCUGUCACUAUGGUUAACUACUACUCCAAAGUAACUCCCCUUAUCCGUAACAUCCAAGUGUUUAUUCAGUACUCCAAUCACAAAGAACUCAAAACUGAUGCUGCUAAUCAGCGGACCCAGGCCGUGCUGCAAGCAGUGUCAGCAGCCCAGUCACCAGGGUCCGAGGUACAGGAGGUCCUGGCUGCAGUUUCCAGUCCUGUGCUGCGCAUCAUUAUUGAUAACAUGUUCUACCCUGUAACGCUGGACGUACUGCAACAGAUUUUCUCCAAGUUUGGCACAGUCAUGAAGAUAAUCACGUUCACCAAGAACAAUCAGUUCCAGGCUCUUCUGCAGUUCAGCGAUCCUGUCAGUGCACAGCAGGCCAAACUGGCACUGGAUGGCCAGAACAUCUACAAUUCCUGUUGCACACUCCGUAUUGACUUCUCCAAGCUGGUCAACCUGAAUGUGAAGUACAACAAUGAUAAGAGUCGCGACUACACCCGACCUGAGCUGCCAGCUGGUGAUGGCCAGCCCAGUUUUGACCCCACAGUUGCCGUUGCUUUCAGCAAAGACUCCAGUUCUCUCCUCGGUAAGAUCCCAGGAGCUCUGAACCCUCUGAGUGCGGCGGCAGCUGCUGCUGCUGCAGCGGGCAGGGUGGCCCUCGCUGGGCAGACAGGCUCCAGUGGGGUCCUGCUGGUUAGCAACCUCAAUGAAGAGAUGGUUACGCCCCAAAGUCUGUUUACCCUCUUCGGAGUGUAUGGUGAUGUCCAGAGGGUGAAAAUUCUUUACAACAAGAAGGACAGUGCUCUCAUACAGAUGUCUGAGUCCAAUCAGGCCCAGCUAGCUAUGAGCCACCUGAAUGGACAAAAGAUGUACGGGAAGAUCAUCCGGGUGACACUGUCCAAGCACCAGACGGUGGCAUUGCCUCGGGACGGCCUGGAUGAUCAAGGUCUGACCAAGGAUUUUGCCAACUCCCCACUUCAUCGUUUCAAGAAACCAGGUUCCAAGAACUUCCAGAACAUCUUUCCACCCUCUGCCACUCUUCACCUUUCCAAUAUCCCACAAGAUGUGACAGAAGAUGACCUGCGGCUGCUCUUCUCCAACACUGGAGGCACUGUGAAAGCAUUCAAAUUUUUCCAAGAUCGCAAGAUGGCUCUGAUCCAGAUGUCAACAGUGGAGGAAGCCAUCCAGGCACUGAUCGACCUUCACAACUAUAACAUGGGAGGCAACCAGCACCUGAGAGUCUCGUUCUCCAAGUCCACCAUUUAAGAAUGUGACCCACAGGCUCCGGACACUAUGACUGUGAUGGUGGAACUAUUUCAAGCUCCUAGAUUGUCUGAACACCAGGGGGACCACAUAGAUUGAAUCAGUUAUCUUGAUUGUAUCAUUCCUUGAUAUCCUUUUAUUUUCUUUAAAAAGAACAACAUUGGAUCUCCCCAGCUCUUUCUGAAGUGUCUCUCCAUAUUUUUUUGUCAAGCAGAACCUUGAAAUGGUUGGUUGUCCCCCUGUACGUUAGUUGGAUGUAAAUCGGUGAAUCAUUUUUAAAUGAAAAGAUACAGUACUCGUGUGCCUUACUCAACUAUCUUUUCCUACAGUUGGAUAUGUUAAUUUAUCAAACUCCUACCGAGGCACAUUAGUAUUAAUGAGUUGAUGAGAAUGCAAGAUGUUUUCUAUUCAUCUAGACAGAACAGUCUAGAAGCUGUGCCUCUGACUAGGCAUAGCCGUGUUUCUUCUCCAAUUUUAGAUGACAUUUUCCUUUUUAGUUUAGCAGCAGGAGAGCUGAAUAUUCCUGAGGUAAAAUGUUUUUGGUAGCCUAUGACAUGCAGUUUAACUGGAACGCCUUUAUUCCAAAGGGAUGUUCAGUGGAAGAUUGUUCUAGCACAAUCCAUGCAUAAGAAACUAUGACAAUGUAGUAAAGUAUUUUGUUAUGUGAUUUUGAAGCCUUCCUUGCUUUUCUUUUCUAUAGCAGUGAGGUUUAAUAGUUGGUGACAGUGUUCUUUAAAGCAUGCAUGAUGAUAGGAUCUCACAUAAGUGUUGCAUGCUGUGGAAGCAGUAAAAAGAUGAGUCCACUGUGAUUGCAUUGUCAUGUGACACUGUACUUGAGAGGGCUACUCAGUUGGACCAAAGUUUCGGUGCCUUUAGUGUUAAAUCAUAUAAACAAAAAAGAGCAUUUUAAUUGUUGUGUAUAUGGGGAAGAUGUCCACGAUUCAAAGUGUUCACUGAAUUCUUUUAUUUUUAAAUCACAAACCUGAUUUCAUAGGCAUUUGUUCUGAACUAAUCCUGGUGUAUAUACAUAUAUUUUUUUUUAUCGUCAAAGCUAUGUUUUUGUUUUUUUUAAUGUAGUUCAGAAUGUAAGGAUUUGGACUCAAGCUGGUGCAAUUAAAGGAUAAAAAAUUUUUCUAACAACGGAGGUUCAACUUGGUUUUCUGUUUUUUGAGUUUCCCCUCUCACGGUGUCUCUUAUGUGUUCCGCAUUACCUCUGUAGCAUGUCUAAUAAAACUCUUCUGUAGCUCUGCAUUCA